AUGGCGGCGGAGCAGAGCGCGGAGCACUUCAGGGGCCAGGCGCGGCUGCCGGGCUUCGCGGCGCCGCGGCGGUACGAUCUGCGCCUCACGCCAGACCUCGCCGCCUGCACCUUCGCGGGCUCGGUGUCCGUCUCCGUCGACGUCGCCGCGCCCACGCGCUUCCUCGUGCUCAACGCCGCCGACCUCGACGUGGCCCCCGGGGACGUGCACUUCGCGCCCAAGGGCUCCGGCCAGGUGUUACUUCCUGUGGAGGUUACCAGUGCACUGGAGGAUGAGAUCUUGAUUAUUCGCUUCAAUGAAGUGCUUCCUCUUGGGGAGGGAACGUUGGUAAUUGCAUUCCAAGGAACUUUGAAUGAUAAGAUGAAGGGUUUUUACAGAAGUGUGUAUGAGCUCAAUGGGGAGAAGAAGAACAUGGCUGUAACCCAGUUUGAACCUGCUGAUGCAAGGCGCUGCUUCCCAUGCUGGGAUGAACCGUCUUUCAAGGCUGUAUUCAAAAUUACUCUUGAAGUUCCGUCUGAGACCGUUGCUUUGUCAAAUAUGCCAGUUGUUGAAGAGAAGGUUAAUGGUCCUACAAAAAUUGUCUACUUUCAAGAAUCACCGAUAAUGUCAACAUACCUUGUGGCCGUUAUUGUCGGCAUGUUCGACUAUGUAGAAGCUUUCACAGCGGAUGGUACUAGUGUUCGUGUUUACACACAGGUUGGUAAGAGUGCCCAGGGGAAGUUUGCGCUAGAGGUUGCUGUGAAGACACUGAUCCUCUUCAAGGAGUACUUUGCUGUGCCAUAUCCUCUCCCAAAAAUGGACAUGAUUGCCAUUCCUGAUUUUGCUUCUGGAGCGAUGGAGAACUAUGGCUUAGUUGCAGUUGUUGUUGCACAUGAAUUAGCUCACCAGUGGUUUGGAAAUCUUGUGACUAUGGAAUGGUGGACACACCUAUGGCUUAACGAAGGUUUUGCAACAUGGGUAUCCUACUUAGCUGCAGAUCGUUUCUUUCCAGAAUGGAAUGUUUGGAUUCAGUUUCUAGAGGAAUCUACAACAGGUUUCAGGUUGGAUGCCCUUGCAGGGUCACAUCCAAUUGAGGUUGAUGUAAAUCAUGUUGAUGAAAUAGAUGAGAUAUUUGAUGCUAUAAGCUAUAGGAAAGGAGCUGCUGUUAUCCGAAUGUUGCAAAGCUACCUUGGGGCUGAGAUCUUCCAGAAAUCACUGGCUGCAUAUAUCAAAAGGUUCGCAUAUUCAAAUGCCAAGACAGAGGACUUGUGGGCUGCCCUCGAAGAGGGGUCUGGUGAGCCAUUGAAAACAUUAAUGCACUCAUGGACAAAGCAGCAAGGUUAUCCUGUUGUCAGCGUAAAACUCAAGGAUGGAAAGCUAGAGCUGGAGCAGACACAGUUCCUGUCAAGUGGGUCUGAAGGAGUUGGGCAAUGGGUGGUUCCCAUCACACUAUGCUGCUGUUCAUACUCAGUUCAGCAAAAGUUCCUUUUCCGUGGAAAACAGGAGGAUUUCAAUUUGUCAGGGCUCGUAGAAUGCCAAAAGAAAGAUGAUUUCUGGAUUAAACUUAAUGUCGAUCAGACUGGUUUCUAUAGAGUGAGUUAUGACGAGGAACUUGCAUCCCGACUUAGGCAUGCAGUUGAGACCAAUAUACUGAGUGCAGCAGACAGAUACGGUGUACUUGAUGACACCUAUGCCCUCUGUAUGGCUGGUAAACAGAAGCUGGUCACGUUGCUGCAUUUGAUUGCUGCGUACAAGAAUGAGACUGAGUAUACUGUGCUUGCACAUGCCAUCAACACAAGCCUGAGCAUAUAUGAGAUGAUGGCCGUUGCUGCACCUGAGGAGUUGGUUAAUAUGAAGAAGUUCCUAAUUGACUUCCUUGAGCCAUUCGCACAGAGAGUUGGCUGGGAUGCCAAGAGUGGGGAGGGUCACCUGAAUGCACUGUUAAGAGGUACCCUCUUAUCUGCUCUAGCGGAACUAGGCCAUCAGUCUACCAUAGACGAGGCUGUCCGUCGAUUUAAUGUCUUUCUGGAAGACAGAGAGACGCCACUCCUCCCACCAGAUGUCCGAAAGGCUGCAUAUGUUGCACUGAUGCAGACCGUGAACAAGUCAAACAAAAGUGGGUAUGAAUCUCUCCUGAAGAUUUACAGGGAAACUGAUCUGAGCCAGGAAAAAGUCCGUGUGCUUGGUUCUUUGGCAUCGUCCCCUGACCCUGAUGUUGUUCGUGAAGCGCUGAAUUUCCUGCUAUCGUCUGAGGUAAGGAAUCAGGAUUGCAUAUUUGUGCUCCGCGGAGUGACUGCAGCAGCGCAUGAGGUGGCAUGGACAUGGUUGAAGGAAAACUGGGACUACAUAGCAGAGACCUUCACUGGACACCUGCUCACCUAUUUCAUCACCGUCACUGUCUCACCGCUCGCCACGGACGAGAAGGGUGACGAGGCAGAGGAGUUCUUCAAGAGCAGGACCAAGGCGAGCAUCGCGAGGACGGUGAAGCAGAGCAUCGAGAGGGUGAGGAUCAAGGCCAAGUGGGUCAAGAGCACCAAGGGCGAGGCCGACCUCGGCAAUGUUCUCAAGCAGCUCGCUCACAAGCAUUGA